GAGCAGCAUUUAGAACCCUUCAAAUACAAUCUGAAAAGUUCCACUACUCUUGGCACUGGUUGCAUCUGACAGCCCCCCAGAGCUCGUCUGCUUUCUGACUCAGCUGUCACUGUUUGCAGUGAAGACUCUGCUAUUGACAUGGAUAAACAAUGCUGUUUGAGAUGGGAGCCAGGGUGGAAUUCAGCUCCUUCUGGAAUUGAGCUGGCUGUGCAGUGCCAGUGGGAAUGAAAAAUUACAAAACUCGAGAGAAAGGCACAAAGACAAAAUGGACCAAGACAAAAUAGACCAAUGCUUUUUUUAAACUCUGAAUGUAGCCUAGCUUUGAAAAGCGUUUUGGGCUUUUCUGGGCAGAGACACUCUGCAGGUCUCGUACAUGAUGGAGCUGUUCUGUGCCAUGCUGCCCUGUGCCAUGGAGCCCACCAGCUCCAUGCUGAGGAGUCCCUGCAGGUACAAGAGGUCCCACCACAGCACUUUGGUUGGAAGCUGUUGUGAGCAAUUUGCCCUGUUCCUGUCUCUCACUGCCUGCUUGUCCCACUGCUGCAUCCAGCGGUGACGCACGCCAGCCCUAAGCUCUGCACAGCAGCUGCUGCCUCAGCAGUGACUUACUGCAUCAGCUUAAAGUGUUUUAGGAAAUAAACCUUUAAUCCCUGCAUGGCCAGGUACAAGUGUAAAGAGCUGCAUUUGCAGUUAGAAAGUGGCACUACUCUGGCACAAGUGUGAGAAAUUAAUUGAGAGGCACUUAGGGUGAACAGUGUGUGUGGACCUGGUGUUAAGGUGAAGGAAGACCUUUGGGACUGUCCAGAGACUGGCCUGCAUUGGGCUGCCAGCAAGGUCUGCCACAGUCUGUGGUGCUGCUUCAGCUCCUUCCGCCUUCCCCACUUAGAGGGCAGGUUUCCCAGCCUGGACUCUGCUCCAGGGAGAGUACAGUGCUUUUUUCCAUUAAACUUAUUGCUAAGCUAACCUACAAGGAACAUUGGUGAAAACUAGGCCAGGACUGGAGGAAGUUUAUUAAGGCACAGAGGACAUGAACUUCUGCCCACCUUGCACCUGUGAGCUGGAGCAGCUCUGGGACAUCCUCCUGCACUGGAUGAGGCUCUGAUGUUCACCUGCUCCUGGCUGUGCUCAGCUCCCUUCCAGCCUCUGUCAUCUGCAAAGGGGCAAAGCAAAGUCUCUGUGCUCACCUCCUGUACAUUUUGUCCCACUGCCUCUGAAAAAUGAAGGUAACAUGUAACUCAGCUGCUGGUUGGCACAAGGAAUGUUUCAAGCAAAACUGGGUGCAUAGAGUGGUGAGUCAGGGAGACAUGGAGGGCACAGAAGGCUCCAGCAAUAGCCUUGCCUGUGGAGUUUGAUUAUGCAAGGUUUUGAGGAGCCUGAGGCUGUCUGUCAACCACCAUAUGAAGCUGAGUGCUGGCUUCAGCUCUGAACUCCCCGUCAGUGCCCUGGUCCAGCAGCCUCUCAGCACCAUGGCAGAAUGAUUCCCAUCCAGGACAGAUGGACUGGGUUAUCUAUUAGGUGUUACCAAUGCAGUUGGCAUGACCCAAAUCAGAUACAAAGACAUAAAAGAGAUGUCAGAGUUGGUAACCUGCCAGUGGGCCGAGUGUUUCACGGUGCUGGUCAAACCUCCACAGCCAAAUCCUGAGUAGAGAGGUGGCUGGAGCAUGUGGAAGAAGGUUUGGUCAAGCUGCCUUCUGCAGCCUCCCACUGGCAAUAUGUGGAGAGGGCUCUCCAGUGGGGACUGGCUGGUCUCACAGAUCCACAUUCCCCUUGUGAGAAUGGGGCUGGGACACUCCUCUGUCACUGAGGGACCACGCCACGCCUGCCCAACCUGGCCCCCAAACCCACAGUCGAGGUUUGAACCACACAUCCCUCCUGUUAGUGGGGAAGGGAAAGGAAGAGUGAGGCUGUGCAAGGGAGCUGCUGCCUGGUUUGAGCCUCUCCAAAUGAAUGAUGUGGUGCAGAGCUACCUCUUUUUAUAUCUGACCAUGAGCCACGGUCUCCAACAAUGACAGCACUGGCCAGAAACUGGUGUCACCUUAACACCUUCCCAGCAAAGCCAAUUACCCUGGGAUGAUUAUGAUUAAGAUUAAUAAUUCUCUAAACCCUAAUCGUGCUGACACCAGUGCCUGGAGCUUACCCUGGUGGGGGCACUUUAUAAGAGGUGCCCUGUGGAGGAGAGUGUAACUGGUUCUCCUUGGGGUGACAGCGAAGGCUGAGAGGUGGCAGGAGCUCCGUUUCAGAGACAAUUCCCCCCUUGCACUAAAGAACUCCCAGAGUAAGCGCAAAGAGCGCCUCACGAACUGCAGCCAUGAACGGGACAGAAGGCCAAGACUUCUACGUGCCCAUGUCCAACAAGACUGGGGUGGUGAGGAGCCCCUUUGAGUACCCCCAGUAUUACCUGGCUGAGCCUUGGAAGUUCUCAGCGCUGGCUGCCUACAUGUUCAUGUUGAUUCUGCUCGGCUUCCCCAUCAACUUCCUCACGCUCUACGUCACCAUCCAGCACAAGAAGCUCCGGACACCUCUCAACUACAUCCUUCUGAACCUGGCAGUCGCCGACCUCUUCAUGGUAUUUGGAGGCUUCACAACCACUAUGUACACCUCCAUGAAUGGGUACUUUGUCUUUGGAGUAACAGGGUGCUACAUCGAAGGCUUCUUUGCCACACUGGGCGGUGAAAUUGCUCUCUGGUCACUGGUUGUCCUGGCUAUCGAAAGAUACGUUGUGGUCUGCAAGCCCAUGAGCAACUUCCGCUUUGGGGAGAACCAUGCCAUCAUGGGUGUUGCCUUCUCCUGGAUCAUGGCCUUGGCCUGUGCAGCUCCCCCACUUUUCGGCUGGUCCAGGUACAUCCCCGAGGGCAUGCAAUGCUCGUGCGGGAUCGACUACUACACUCUGAAGCCAGAGGUCAACAAUGAAUCUUUUGUCAUCUACAUGUUUGUGGUUCACUUCAUGAUCCCACUAUCGAUCAUUUUCUUCUGCUAUGGGAACCUGGUUUGCACUGUCAAGGAGGCUGCCGCCCAGCAGCAGGAGUCUGCCACCACCCAGAAGGCAGAGAAAGAAGUGACUCGCAUGGUCAUCAUCAUGGUCAUCUCCUUCCUGAUCUGCUGGGUCCCCUACGCCAGCGUCGCGUUCUACAUCUUCACCAACCAGGGAUCAGACUUCGGGCCCAUCUUCAUGACCAUCCCGGCAUUCUUUGCCAAGAGCUCGGCCAUCUACAACCCUGUGAUCUACAUCGUAAUGAACAAACAGUUCCGUAACUGCAUGAUCACAACCCUCUGCUGUGGCAAGAACCCACUGGGUGACGAGGACACCUCUGCUGGCAAGACAGAGACCUCCUCCGUCUCCACCAGCCAGGUCUCUCCCGCAUAGGCCCCACAGGAGCAGCCAGUCCCUGGGUGCUGGCCUGGGAGCACAAACUCCCCCACCUGCCCCUGCUUCACCAUGGCAAGGCCCAGUGGGGCACACUCUUCGCUCCUGGCUCUGGGAACCCUAGGAAUAAGGCUGAAAAUGUGUACACACGUUUUGUAAUUAUCAUGCAAAGGCUUAGCUCCUCUGGCA